AGACUUUGCAGUUGAUCCACGCAAUGUACGUUUGGGUUUAUGCUCUGAUGGAUUUAACCCAUUCAUUCAAUCAACAAUCCCUUAUUCUUGUUGGCCAAUAAUUGUCACCCCAUACAAUCUUCCUCCUGAAAUGUGCAUGACAAAGCCAUUUAUGUUCUUAAGUUGUCUAAUACCUGGACUAAGCAAUCCAAAGGCAGGAAUUGAUGUGUAUCUCGAACCUUUGGUGGAUGAUCUAAAGAAGUUGUGGUUUGGUGUAGAAACAUAUGAUAUUUCAAGAAAGAAGAACUUUAUCAUGAGAGCUAGUUUAAUGUGGACUAUAAAUGAUUUCCCUGCAUAUGGGAUGUUGUCUGGCUGGGGUACUCAAGGUAAAUUGGCAUGUCCACAUUGUAUGGAGCAUUCAAAAGCCUUUACAUUAGAAAAUAGGGGGAAAAAUUAUUGGUUUGACUCACAUCGUAGGUUUUUACCUAGUAAUCAUGCCUUUAGAAAGAAUAAAAAAGCCUUCUUAAAAGGGAAAUUUGAAACCGAUGGCCCACCAACUACAAUGACACCUGACUUGGUUUGGGGAAGAGUAAGGGAUUUACCAAUGGCCACAAAAAAUCCUCGUUUGUUGAAAUUACGAGGAUAUGGCGAGGUUCAUAAUUGGAGGAAAAAAAUUAUAUUUUGGAAUCUUCCUUAUUGGGAAGAUAAUCUCUUACGACACAACCUAGAUGUCAUGCACAUAGAAAAAAAUUUCUUUGACAAUAUAUUGAACACGGUCAUGAAUGUUAGUGGUAAAACAAAAGACAAUGAGAAAGCAAGGAUGGAUCUUGCUUUAUAUUGUAGUCGCCCUGACUUAGAGAUAAAACUGCUAGCUAAUGGAAAAAUGUUUAAGCCUAAAGCCAAUUACUCUUUAACUAUAGAGGAAGCAAAAUUAGUUUGUCAUUGGAUAAAAGAACUUAGGGUGCCUGAUGGUUAUUCAUCAAACUUGGCAAGAUGUGCUGAUGUUGAAAAGGGAAGGAUACAUGGGAUGAAAAGUCAUGAUUGUCAUGUGUUCAUGGAAUGCUUACUUCCUAUUACAUUUAGUACAUUGCCAACACAUGUUUUAAAUCCCCUAAUCGAAAUAAGUCAUUUCUUUAAAGACUUAUGCUCUACGACAUUGAGGUAUGACGAUUUGGUUACAAUGGAAGAAAACAUUCCACUAAUUCUUUGCAAGUUGGAGAGAGUAUUUCCCCCUACAUUCUUUGAUUCAAUGGAACAUCUCCCAGUUCAUCUUGCAUAUGAAGCUAGACUUGGUGGCCCAGUGCAAUAUAGGUGGAUGUAUCCCUUUGAAAGAUUUAUGGGAGAUUCUAAGCGAUCAAUCAAAAAUAGGGCAAGGGUUGAAGGAUUGAUAUGUGCAUCUUACAUACACCGAGAAACAACUUAUUUUUGUUCCCACUAUUUCAAAGGUUAUAUGUUGUCAUUGCGAAGUAGUAGAAAUGAAAUGGGAGUUGAAACCAAUCAACCAUCAUUGUCCAUCUUCAACCAACAAAGUUGUCCUUCUGGCAAGCCAUCAAUUCAUUGGUUAACACAAAGAGAAUGGGAUUCGGUCCACGUUCAUGUGUUAAUCAAUUGCCAAGAAGUGAAACCAUACCUCGAGUCAUUCCUUCAAUCUCAGGAAAUACCUGACUCAACUACUUCUAGUCGUGUACAUGCUGAUUUUCCUAGAUGGUUCAAGAAUCAAUUAUGUACUUGAUAAUUAAAUUACACUUUCAAUGUUUAAUAAAUAAAAUAUGACAUUGAGUUUGUGUUGUACUGUAGGUUUACAAUGAGCCUUUAAAUGUGACAAACCAACACUUGAGAGAUUUAUCGCUACGUCCUCUUAUUGAGGUUAAGCAAUGGCACACGUUAUAUGUCAAUGGUAUAAGUUCCACACUAAUGCAUGAAGUCAAGGUAAAAAGACAAUAAAUAGUGGGGUUUAUGUAAAAGGGUUUACAGACGGAGGUGAAGAUGAUUUCUAUGGGAUCAUUAAACACAUUUACGAGAUAGAGUACAAUACUUCAAGCACUCCCAAGAAAGUAUUUGUAUUUUAUUGUGACUGGUUUGAUCCAUCACGAAGAGGUACAAAAGUGGACUUUAAAUACCAUGUUGUCGAUAUUCGGAUGGAUAAAAGAUAUGUGUCGUAUGAUCCAUUUAUAAUUGCUCACAAUGUAAGGCAAGUAUAUUAUGUCUCAUAUCCACCAUCUCGAAUAGAUAAACGUGGAUGGUGUGCUGUAAUCAAGACAAAACCUAGAGGUCGCAUAGAAGCUACUGAUGUAGAUGAUGAUAUGCCUUACCAAGAAGACCAAGUUUCACACGUCAAUGAAGUCAUAGAAGUUGAACCUAUUUUAGGCUUCCAAGAUUCAGAAAAUGGUGUUGAAGUAGAAGAUGAAGCCAUAGAAGAAGACACGGAAGAAGAGGAAAUUCAAGACUUUGAUUUGGAAGAAGAAGAUGAUGAAGGGGAAUUUGAUGAUCAUGAGUCAGAAGAAGACAAUGAAGAAAUGGAAUUGAAUGAUGAUAGUUCUGAAUAGACGUACAAUAAUUAGAUCAAUGAUUUGUACCAAUUUCUAUUUGGACAUUUUGUUGUUAGAUUUGCCUUUUAUGUGUUAAACUUAUGGCUUUUAUUAAGUACUUUUAGAUGAGGGUUGCAAAAUGAUACAUUGUACUUGUUUUUUUCUAAGAAGAUUGAUACAAGACUUCUCUCACUUCUUUUUAGUGCAGAUUCAUCUUUCACUACCAACAGUUAAAAAAAAAUCUUAAUGACUUCAGGUUGAUAGGACCCCAAUCUUUCAUGCCAAAACAUCCCUCCUCAAUUUUGAUAAUAGAAUCAUGAACUUCAACUAAAUUAGACUUCAAAAUUUAAACCAUUUCUAAUCUUUUUAAUCUUUGUCAUCUUUAUUUCAUGUUGAUCAAUGAUAAAACAAUAAUAUUCGGUAAAAGGAGACCGUGUAUCUUUUCUUGUUUUCAAUCAUUUAUGAAUACAAAAUUAUUCAGUUCCCAUAGUACACUUAUUUUGUAUCUCUUUAAAACCAGAGAGAUCCAUUGCUCAAAGAUUUGUCAUGCUUUUCUUCUACAAGAUCAGUUUUCCAUUAGCAAUUCAUAUCAGGCAUGCACCCUUUGCCUAAACGCUAUCAUCUACUUUUAUUGUUCCAACUCUUUCCAAGAUACUCAUAUGAGGAGGAAAAAAGUGUUCUCGAGAAUCACAAUUUUCAAGCCUGUGAUAGAGACUAUGGACUCUCUUAUACCAGUUAAGGGUUGUACAAGCUCUUUGCUAUCAAACCCCAAUCACCCAUAAAACAUUACAGGAUAAAUAGCUUGCAGUGUCCGUUAUUUAACGACAGUUAUAUUUAAAUGCCUCUACUGUGUACCUAUUUUUAUCAAGCAAAAGCUUGUUAUGGAGUAGUUCCAUAAAACAAGUGUUUUUUAGGGAGGAAUAGAAGCAUAUCAUACUAGCCUCCCCUAGUGCUUUGGAGAAAUAGGAACAGAGAAAAAAAUUCUAGUUGUCUUUCGAUUCAAAAUCUUCCAAAAUCUAGUUAGGAAAGUCCUCAUAUGGUGACUUAGAAGUUGGUGUAUGGAUUGCAACUGAAAAGUCUCACUUAAAAAAGGCAGCAAAAUCCGAACAUAAUUAACCCAAGCCUGAUAAACUGUGGUAGAAAAAUGUAAUCAGACAACACAAGGAACACCUGUAAGGAGAGAAAUGCAUCUACCAGAACAUCAUAAAUCAUUGCGAAAAUUAAUCCUAACACCAACCAACAGUCUAAUAAGUAUUUUCCAAGACAAUAUCAUAAAAGUCUUUUAUCCCAGGUCAAACAGAAAAAGGCUGAAAAUAAGAUAGUUUGUGAUAUUUAUGUUUUAAAAGCUUAUAUUGCAUCGAUGUAGUAAGUGAAAUCUUAGGCAAACUUGAGAAGAUAUAUAUGCUAUAUUAUGGAAAAUGUUUCAUUCAUCGAUUAUAUGAAAAAGUUUUAUUUUUUUAGUUAAAAGAAGAGAAUUUGAAGUUACUUUCUAUGUGAUAAAUAUUCCAUUCUUAUGCAAUAUAUAGAAAGCAUUGGAAUCACAUAAAACUAUUUAUAUCUAUAUGUUUUGCUUAAUUCAAGAAAGAGGAUCUGCAUUCAGUAGUUUGAUAUGAUGUUUUAAACUAUUUUUUGAACACUUUUCUCAUGUAAGGAUGUGAUAUUUAAUUAAAAGUUCCAACUUGGAUUUUUGUACCUUUUUCUCAUUCCAUCAUUCAUUUUGGAUUG